AUGGAGGUCAGAUACAAUCAAGAGAACGAGUCAGGAAUGGUGCUGAAGAACGGACUUAAGGAUGGGAAAGAGGGCAAGGAUUCCCAGGGAAACCUUUCCAAAUCAUUUCUCAAGGAGCAGCAGGAGACCUUCCCUGCUUCUGGGACAGCGGAAAACUGCGAGAAGAACCGGGGGAACUCGGCAGACCCGGACUAUUGCAGGCGGAUCCUGGUGCGAGACGCCAAAGGGUCCAUCAGAGAGAUCAUCCUGCCCAAGGGCCUGGAUCUAGACAGACCCAAGCGCACCAGGACCUCCUUCACGGCGGAGCAGCUCUACCGCCUGGAGAUGGAGUUCCAGAGAUGUCAGUACGUGGUGGGCCGGGAGCGCACGGAGCUCGCGCGCCAGCUCAACCUCUCCGAAACUCAGGUAAAGGUUUGGUUCCAGAACCGUCGGACAAAGCAGAAAAAGGAUCAAGGCAAGGAUUCUGAGCUGCGGUCCGUGGUCUCAGAGACAGCAGCCACCUGCAGUGUGCUGAGGCUCCUGGAACAGGGCCGUCUGCUCACCCCACCUGGGCUGCCAGGCCUCCUGCCGCACUGUGGUAGCAGUGCCCUGGGCUCCACACUCCGUGGUCCUUCUAUGGGCAUUGCCAACAGUAGCAAUGGGAGCAGCAGCAGCAGUUCAGGGACAGCAGGGAGCCCACCCCUGCCAGCCGUGACCAGCGCUGGGGGAGCUACUGGCAUCCAGGGCUCCCCUUCUGCCCAUGGCCUCUUCAGCUUCUCCAUGCCCUCCCUCUUGGGGACCGUGGCUACUCGGAUCUCUUCAAACCCCCUGUCCAUGGCUGGCUCUCUGGCUGGGAACCUGCAGGAACUAUCCGCCCGCUACCUGAGCUCUUCCGCAUUUGAACCUUACUCCCGGACCAACAGCAAGGAGACCAUGGAUAAAAAAGUCCUGGAAUGAUCCUUUAAAAACUUCUUUCUUUAUGUUUGUUAUCUCUCUUGCCUUCUUUUUAUGUUCGUGGGCUGGUUAUCAUUUACUGUUGUUCAGAUAUUCAACCACACACACUGAUGCCUCAGUGAAUACAUAUAUAGACACACACUUGUUUAUUCUCCACAAAACAGGGUGAUUUUCAAAGCUUUUGCACUAAAUCAAAGUCUUAACUCAAAGUUAUAAAUACAAAAUGCUUGA